GGAAGUGGGAUUGUGUCCACCAGCAUCCAAAGGGCUCCCAUCUCGAUGUGGCUGCCACUGCUGUGCCUCCUGUGCCUUAUUGCGUUGGCCACUCUCCUCUGGCAGGGCAACCACUGGCGAAGUCGCGGACUGAAGGGACCUUUCGGCUGGCCGCUGGUUGGGAAUAUGCUGGACUUUGCCUUGGCCCGCCGUUCCUAUGGCCAGGUUUACGAGCAGAUAUACAGUCAGAAUCCCGGCCUGAAAUACGUGGCCUUCUAUCGCCUGUUCAACGAACCCGCCAUUCUGGUGCGCGACCAGGAGCUACUGCGUCACAUCCUAGUGGGCAGCCACUUUGUGGACUGUGCAGAGAAUGCUGUCCAUGUCGACCCUCGCCGCGAUGUCCUCGCUAGCCACAAUCCCUUCAUCGCCAGUGGCGAUCGCUGGCGCAUCUUAAGAGCCGACCUGGUGGCCCUCUUCACGCCCAGCCGACUGCGUCAGACUUUGCCACAUGUGGUCAGUGCCUGCCAGUUGCUAAGGGCUCAAAUACCCCUUAAGCUUGAGGGCUUUGAGGCCAAGGAUCUGGCCACCCGCUUCACGCUGCAGGUGGUGGCCUCCGUGGUCUUUGGUCUGGAUGCUCACUGCUUGGAUCGGGAAGAGGAGUGCCCAAAUCGCUGGCUGCAGUGGUUGGCCCCGCUCUUUCAGCCAAGCUCCAAAUGGAGUUGGCUGGAGACCGUGUCACUGUUGCACUCACCCCGUCUGGGUUGGAUCAUAGGCCAUCGCUAUGUACCCCUGCAAAUGCAGAGAUGGUUCAGGGAUUUGGUGGCCGGAAGGAGUGGCGGCGACAACCUGCUCCAAUGGCUGGCGGAGAGCAAGAGGACUUUAACUAAGGACGAGCUGGCGGGGCAUGCCACCACCCUGCUCCUCGAAGGCUACGAAACCUCGGCCAUGUUACUCGCCUUCGUCCUUUACGAAUUGGCCCGCAACGAGGAGGUUCAGCGACGCCUGCAUCAAGAAUUGGAUGAGGUUGCCCAGCGACACGAUGGCCAGUUGAUGGACACAGCCGCCUUGAGUCAACUUCGCUACGCUGAGGCAGCGCUGCUCGAGGCACUGCGUCUUCACCCGGCCAUGCAGGCUCUGCAGAAGCGAUGCACCAAAUCCUUUAGACUGCCGGCCCAAAAAUCAGGUUGUGAAUCUGAAACUGAAUCUGCACUUCAGGUGGAUGUGGGAACGGUCCUGGUGCUGCCCGUCCAGGCCAUUCAUCUUGACCCCGAUAUGUGGCCCGAACCCAAGCAGUUUCGUCCCGAGCGCUUCUUGCAACAGCCACAAAUGGGCUGUCGAUUUUUGGGCUUCGGCGCUGGAGCCCGAAUGUGUCCAGGAAUGCGUCUUGGCCUUCUCCAAACGAAGGCUGCUCUUGCCACCCUCCUGCAGGAUCACUGCGUCCUGCUGGCGGAUCGGGACCAGGAUCAGGUGGAGGUAGAGGUGUCCCCACUAACAUUCCUUACCGCCAGCAAACGUGGCAUAUGGUUGCGUUUGGAGAGACGAUCAACGCAAUGAGGAUAAGUUCAUAAGGAGUUAUUCAGUAUUGUUUUUGAAGGAAAUAAA